AUGCUUGAAGAUGUUGAAGCUACCGGCGAUGAUAUUAUCCCUAAACUGGCUACAAUAGCAGAAAACCGAUGGAAUAAAAAACUUGCGCCUGAAAAGCUGGCAUUAAUUCAAGAAAAAUACAAGCGACCCGCCAAUUGCACAACAGUAUGCUCACUAACAGUUAACCCACAAAUCUGGGCAAAACUGCCCCACUAUCAAUAACGGGCGGAUUUAAAUGUCUCGAAAAUACAAGAAUCGGUUCGGAAAGCUGCCCUUAUAUCUCUGCAAACAGCUUAUUCUUUGACUAAUAAAAAGUCUAACGAGCUAAAUGUAAAACAGCUCUUAACAUAGCAAGUUGAUUCGUUAGCUUUAUUGGGCCACAUAAGUUAUGAGUUGGCGUGCCUUCGCAGAUACAAAAUAAAAUCCGUUUUGAAACCAGAAUAUGCUCCAAUAUGUGUUGAUGAUGGCACGCAAAGUAAAUAUCUGUUUGGCGAUGAUUUACCCAAACGACUAAAAGACGCCAAAGAGGCGAGCAAUGUGGGUCUAGCUGUGAAUACGAGCAAUUCAAGAAACAACAACUAUCGGGCGCCAAAAAGCUAUGACCAGCGAAAUUGGCGCCAAACACGUGGGAGGCAUAAUUACCAUGCUGGCACUUCAUGGCCGGAUUCUUUCCAGCGAGGAAAAUCGAACUACAAGGGGAAAAAAGGUGCAAAAUACCAACCACCUCGCGAGAAAUAA